UCUGCGCUGUUGUCGGGGACGCUGGGUAAUCAUCAUGGCGGCUCUGAAGCCGGGCUCUGUGUGGGACACACCGCAGGUCUACAAACACCACGAGCAGCAGAGCGCCUGUCUCACCCGCCCGAAGUACAGAGAAGGGAGGAGACUGAAGGCUGUGAAGGUUUAUACGAUUAACCUAGAGUCUCGGUUUCUGCUGGUGCAAGGAGUGCCUGCUGUUGGGGUAAUGACUGAGCUGGUGCAGCUCUUUGCUCUCUAUGGAGUGGUGGAAGAAUACAGAGUACUGGAUGAGUAUCCUGCAGAACAGUUCACUGAAGUUUAUCUUAUCAAGUUCCAAAAGCUUACAAGUGCAAGGGCUGCCAAAAGAAAAACAGAUGAAAGAAGCUUCUAUGGGGGUCUGCUUCAUGUUUGCUAUGCCCCUGAACAUGAGACUGUGGAAGACACAAGAAGGAAGUUACAGGACAGGAGAAGAUAUGUUUACAGAACAACCCAAAGAUUAGAAAGGGAAUGUGAGCAAGAACAGGCUACAGAGAAAACAACUCCUGCCAGUUCAGAGACACCAGCUCCAUCAUCAGUGUAUGAAGAUAGGACAUGUCCUCGAAGUUCCCAAGAGGACAAUUGUAGUUCCAGCACAUCUUCUAGCUUUCCAUUAUUGCCGCUACCACCUCAUGAAAGAGUUCAUCAGCACUAUUUUUCAUCUAAGGACUCAUUUAAGUCUGUGAAGACUGUACAUGAAGGCAGUGUACCUACAGAAGAUAGAAUGGGAUCUUUACACAACUUCAUCCCUAGUAACCGUGCCCCAGAUGAUUGCAAGCAGACCACACAGUGGUCAGACCUGCCUUCUGGUUCUACCUUUGGCAACGAAGAGAGAAGUAUUAUCAAAAAACCCAAACAUCCGCCAAGCACUGCACCAAGGUUUAUACCAAGGACUGCACAAUUAGAAAACAGGAAAAGGAAAAUGGAGGACAGUACAGACUUGUUAGGUGUGGCAGACAGAAAUGCCCCCUUGUAUGGACCCAAACUACCAGAACUACCAAAGAUGGACAUGGAAGAUGCAUCAUUAAACAAAACGGCAAACAUCAUCAGGCAAACAAUGUCAAAGGUUGCAUCAGUUCCAUCUGAAAAGAAGACAACAGCUGUAAAAGCACGGCGAAGAAUAUAAUUUUCUCUUGUCUUCAGUGUGCAUUUUUUAUUGAUGUACUGUAAUAGUGGUUUAUUGUAAAAUAGCACUGUUCAUUUUUCUUUAUAUGAGUGAUUCACUUGUUACUGGAAAGCAUGUUGCUCAAAUUCCAGGGUCCUCUGAAAACAAACAAAAAUACACAUUUAUUUAUUAAA